AUGGCGAAAUCCAAGUUGCGACUCUCAGAAGUAGACGAGCUAACUGAUGAAGGAGCCUUGGAGCAUAGUCGUGAGAAAUAUGCUCGUUAUCAGAACGACGAGGAGGAGAAAAAUUCAGAUGAAGAGGAAAACGGAGAAGAUAUAAGGAAGGAUUACCAGUCGAAGCAUACUCUGGAUAGUGAUGAAGAGGAAGAAGUGAAAUAUAAAAAGCUGGAUGUAGACAAAAUUGAUGGACAAGAAGAAGCAUGUCAGGAAUAUGAAGGUAACACAAAAAUUAUGGCUUUCAAUAUGAAAGAAGAUUUGGAAGAGGGACAUUUCGAUACUGCUGGGAAUUUCAUCUUUAACAAAAAGGAAAGCGAAAUAAAAGACGCUUGGUUGGAUAAUGUCGACUGGGCAAACGUAAAAGCAAAUGCAGGAAAUCAGUGGCAUAAGAAAAAUGAAGAAGACAGCUCAACAACAAAAAAUCUCGGUGAUAGUGAACUUAAAAGUAUAUAUGAAAAAAUUGUUUCGAUGUUAAAAUCAAAUGAAACAAUUGAACAAGCGUUAGCAAGGUUUGGAAAAGAAAAAGGUUUAAGUGCGGCAGAAGAACGAAAGAAAAGAUGGGCAGCAAAGAAAGCUGGUAAGGAAUAUGUUGACGAAAAAAACUUCGUGGUAAAAGAGUUGACGGGUUUAGCUGAUACCCUAGUAUCAAAUGGUGAAAUGGAAGCUUAUCAGUACACGCUGGAGAAGGUUCAAUAUAUGAUCCAAGAAUUGCAAAGUAAAGCUGUUGAUGUCUUGGAUAUGUUUUCGAGUGAAGCACCCACCUUCUCUACCAAAGGAGAAAGCAAGCAAACCGACGAAACUGGAAGGUCCACUAGUAAUGCUGUGGUAUGGGAAUAUAAAUUAUCAAAUGACGAAAAUGCGGAAAUUAUUGGUCCAGUUUCCAGCGAAGAAAUGAUGAAAUUACAGGGGGAGGGCAAAUUUGCAAAUGGUGGUUGGGCUCGUAAAAAAGGCAUGCAGACUUUUUACACCAUUGCCAGGCUUGAUUUCGAAAUUUAUAUUUGA